AUGAGAUUUCAAGAGAUUUCAAGAUAUGCUGUAACGGUGGCUUCAUGUAUAUUAAUCAUUUCCAACGCAGAAGGUUUUGGAAGAAGUCAAUCAAUGCGCCCAAACAUUGUUCUAAUAAUUGCUGAUGAUAUGGGUUGGGAUGAUGUUAGUUUCCAUGGUUCAGGUCAAAUUUUGACGCCAAACAUUGAUUUGUUGGCGUACACAGGUGUUGCAUUGGAACGCUACUACAGUCACUGUAUAUGCACGCCGUCUCGGUCCGCACUACUUACUGGAAAAUAUUCCCAUGUUACAGGAAUGCAAGGAUACCCUUUAACCAAUAGUGAAGAUAGAGGUUUACCGGUUACUGAGAAAAUUUUACCACAAUAUCUGAAGGAACUAGGGUACGCAACACAUUUGGUAGGAAAAUGGCACGUUGGUCAGUCCCGUACAAGUUUCCUUCCAACAAUGCGUGGAUUUGAUACUCAUUACGGUCAUAGAGGAGGAUAUAUCGAUUACUACGAAUACAUAUUACACGAAAUGGACGACUCAGGCGAAAGGUAUGGAUUUGGAUUAUUUAGAAAUAUGAGCGCUGCAUGGGACGAUGAAGGCUAUAUUACUGAUCUAUAUACUAAAGAAGCCAAGAAAAUUAUUACGUCGCAUGAUAAAACUAUUCCUUUAUUCUUGACUGUUGCUCAUAACGCUCCACAUUCUGGAAAUGUGGGAGCUGCACUACAAGCGCCUCCCGAAGACGUUCGGACAAUGCGUCAUGUUGAAUCACCACAAAGGAGAAUUUAUGCUGCAAUGGUGAAAAAACUGGACGAAAGCGUUGGUGAAAUUGUUCAGUCACUUUUAGAUAAUAAGAUUUUAAACAAUACUAUCAUAGUGUUCGUAUCUGACAAUGGCGGAAUAACAUCAGGUGAUUCUCCCAAUUAUGCAUCCAAUUGGCCUCUGCGAGGACUAAAAUUGUCUCCUUUCGAGGGUGGUGUUAGAGUGAACGGACUACUGUGGUCUCAAAACUUAACCGAUACUAGUCAUUUAUGGAAAGGAUAUAUGCAUGUCUCAGAUUGGUUGCCUACACUUUUGAAAGCUGCUGGAGCAGAACCACCUUUAAAUAUAGAUGGAUAUGAUCUUUGGGAAAAUAUAAUUAAUAACAAAGAAUCGAAAAGGAAUGAAAUAUUCGAAAUAGAUGAUUUUACGGGGUACACUUCUAUUAUUUCUGGUGAUUAUAAACUAGUGACAGGAUCUGUCAUUGUUGAUUAUAGUAAUCAUCAAGGCGGUGAACUUAGAAGAAUAAUUGGAAGUGCUCCAUCUUAUACUGAUACUCUUAAGAAAAGUACCGUUUACAGAGUGCUUAGUGACAUAGGAACACCUUUUAAUUUUGAAAAUGUUAUGCUAAGAGAGGAUAUAAAAGUUACUUGUAAUAAAACUGGAAAUCAAGAAAAUACUUUGUGCUACCCACAAAUAAGUCGGUGGUGCUUGUACAAUAUAAAAGAAGAUCCAUGUGAAUUUAGAGACAUAUCCGCAGAAAAUCCUGAAAUCAUAACAAAUAUGUUGAUACGUCUAGAAAUGGAAAAGCUAAGAGUUAUACCCAGGAGAAAAACUGUUUUAAGGGAUCCUAGAUCAUCUCCGCGUUUACUUAAUUAUACUUGGGAUGUUUGGGCAGAUAAUAUUAUGCCUAGUAAUUUAUAA